AACAAGACAACUUCUACUUCUGAUGAUCGACUUUUACUUUUUCACUUUUAUUCAAUAUAAUGUUUUUCCAUCACAUGUUUACUCGUUCGACCACUUUCAUACUAUUCAUGAGGUAUUAUAAGUAAGUAAGAACGAGAGAAGUCACGAGAUGGUUUGCUUCGGCUUUUUUGGUGGCAAAAGCCGAAGAAAUGCCGGGAAUCCGCUUGUGGAGCAGGCACAAGCCGCGCACUUGGCCAGGCUCAACGACAUGCAACAUAAGCAGGACGCGGAACACUCAGCUCUAUACGCAACGGUGGCGCUUUUCUCGGAGCUUUUUUCACUGGAGCCAGAGAGCUUGCCAGGAGGAAAGAACUCGAAGGCGUACUUGUUUUUUGGAGGAGAUCAGGACGCAGCACCUGAUGUGCUAGAUUUGUAGUAAUUCAUCUUCAAGCUGCUAGCUUUCAAUCACCUAGUACUCCUUGAUUCUAGUCAUGAAGAUUUGCAUUUGUGAAUUAUACGUUUUUCUUUCGGAUACCGAUCGAUCAUGAUUUUCUGUUUCAUCUGACCUCUAGGUCUUCUUCAUCCGCCUCUUCCUCCUUGAUCUCGCUUUCCGAACUUGAUCAAGAGCAAAUUAGACAACUGGAGACUCUGCGAAGGCGGAUGAACCAGAGCCGCAAUGCGGGUGGUCAGAUCGCGCUCUUAGCACCAGAAAGUCCGCUUCGGCGGUUCGUCUGCGACUCCUUGUUGAGGAAACACUCCUUUGGCCAUUUAGUAGACCUCUUCGCACAAGCGGCUGAGGACAACACUCUUCCAGACUUCUGCCAGGAUAUCACGCCAAAGGACUUGGUGAUCGGGCUUUUUUUAGGUUCAUUACCAGACGACUUGGGCCAUUUUAUCACGUUGUUGUGCCAAGCAAAUAGCAUCGUGCCUCUCUGCUGGCCAGUAGGGAGUGGCAGCAAGCAGAAGUUGACACAGAAUGUGCUGCUGUCGCAAACGAAGCAGAAGCAGCUGAUGGAGAUAGGCGGGUCAGGAGGAGGCGGACCAAUCUUUGGCGGCACGUGCGUGAAUUGGGACACAUUUUUGUAUCUACGAACAGCCGUAAAAUCGAAAUCUAGUGGUCUCCAGAUGGUCCAGAGCGAGGCCGCUGCACCGGCUACAGUCAGCAACCAUCGCGGAGAGAAGAUCGAGACAUCGAGUAAAGCAUCUUAUGGCUGGUGUCUGGAUAAUUCCUUAGAGUUGGAGCUAAGUAGAUGAAGAAGAUUCCUCACGAAAACAAUCAACGUCUGUCUGAGUUGGUGCUCGUUUCAUGUACAUGCUUAACAUGAUCGGACGAAGCUAAUGUUGGUGUUGUGUGAUACGGCAUUGCCGCAAAAGUAAGUCAGUAAUUAUUUUCUUUUCGACGAUAACAACCCUAAAACUUCUACCUCUAACCCUCCUCAUCUUCAGCCAGCAAAGCGCCGAAAUUACUAGUAUGGCACGGCACUGCGCUUGGGAAGACGCAUUUACUACAGCAGGCAGAGAUGACCAACGCGAGUCUGAUUAGUCAAACUGCUUCUCAUGGGGGCCUUUUAGUGUCCGCGGAUGAUCUAGGAAAGGCUGCUCUGGUGCACAAGGGGUCUAUCGAUCUCUCAGCGUGCAGUAGUCUGUUGCCAGGCCAAAGCGAGCUGUGGAUUGCGGAUGUCCACGUGCAUGCAGACAUGACGCGUCACUACGAAUCUGCCGCAUCUUUAGUUUCCGAGUACAAAGCGUUGUUGUCGCAAGCGCCUAGCCCGAGUGACGCAACGAAUGCAGCUGGCGGUCCUGCUGGUCCUACAGAGCAGCAAUUGCAAGAAGCACGGAUGAUGCGCAAACAGAAAAUGCAGGAAUUUCGAGCACUGGCGACCCAAGCGAAUCGAGGAGUAGUGCAGUCUGAAGACUUUAAUGCUGUGGUAUCGACCCUAGUUAGCCAUGGGGCUUUGUGUCUGCACGUAGACGCAGACGAUUUUGACCCAGAAAGCGGUGAGAUUUUGGCGCCUUUGAUUUUAUGAUGAGGUCGUUUUAUCUAAGCAUUCGAUUUUGUUUUGACUCUUGUUGAAAAAAGGUGGAACGAUGCUUGAAGACAAUAGUAACUGCAGAAGUAUCCAGAUGAAGACGAAGACAUUUUUUAUUCUAGCACCCUGUCUGAGCCCCGCCCCUUUAUUUGACGAUUCUAAUCCCCACCUCUCUCCUGCCCAAAGCGGCAGUUGUAGUCUGGCGCGAUUUUGAAGAGCAAGCUCACGCUGGUCUGGUCGAAAAAGUUCUUUCUAGGAAUGCGAAGGUGCUCAAGAAGCUCGCGAGCACUGUAGUUUCCACGACCGGUCCUUCUUCUUCCUCAAGCAGUAAAGGAUCUCCAUCAGACAAGGAUAAAGAACCAGCGACUUUGAUCCUGUUGGAAAACAUGGGCUCUUUCCGGUCACAAGCACGUGCAAACGCGGUAGUGAAACAGUUCCGAGUAGAGCUGGCGGCAGCGUUGUCCCAGCGAAAGACGUGGCCUGAUUUGCCGAGCCAUCUAGACCUGCAGGCGUCCUUUGAGGCAAACCAGCAAAGCUACGAAUUGAGCUUGCGGAAAGAGAUGCUAGACGCAACGCGGAAAUUGAAGCUGAACUUCGGAAUGCAGAAGAUCUGUGAGAAAAUGCGUGCAGCGGAAGAACAAGAGAGGCAUCUGCCGUGGCAGAACAACAACGAACUAGAUGAGCAUAUUCAACUAGCUUUAGAACUGGCGGAUCGCACGGAAAGCUUGCAGAAGAACCGGGAAACCUAUUUUGGCAGGGGCUUAGACGAGAUGACCCUCUUUUUCCUAGACAAAUUGCUCCUUUCAGCAGACAUGAAACGUUUGGAGAAUCGUUCUUUGCCAGUGCAAAGGGCUUUGAUGCAGAAGAGUCAAGUGGAUAGGAUAAAAACGUUCGCUGGCAAGUUAGAAUUCCUUUAUUCGAAGGACGACUUCGCAGGAAUGGAGUCGUUUUGGAACGAGAUUCAAACCUUUUACCAAUGUGCAGUCGACAUUAGCAAUGCGGGUGGAAGGACGACGGCAGGGGUGGUGAAAGAAGGAGCUUUGUGGUAUUGAUGAAAGUGGUUGGUGUUUCAGUCAGUUCUACAUCCAAGAAUUCACGACUUGGAUAUAUGGCUUUUGCAAGGAGCUAAGUAAUUGUAAUUCAGUUUUUGCUCGAGACAAGCAGUAGCUGAAUACAAUAUACCAAUGUUCUUGAGAAUCUCACUCUUCACAUUCACUCAUCAGGAAGCAGCUCGAAAAAGCUCGUUCCUCCUACACUUCUCUUAUCGCACGGCGCGGCGCACCCAUGCAACUUUUAGCUGGUAAUCCUCUGGCGAUCUCGAGUCAGGCUUUCCUAGCACAGGUCCUCCGGGAUUUAGAUAUGGAGGAGCUUGCGUCACCAUCAUCACAGAGAAAGCUACGCGUCAUCUCGGUGAUCGGCGCGCAAUCGUCAGCGAAGAGUACCCUGAUGAACUUCCUUUUCGGCUCUGAGUUUGCAGUGUCAGCAGGAAGAUGUACCUGCGGACUCUACGCGAGUGUGUUUUUCACACAGAAAUUCGCAAUCCUGGUUUUGGAUUCAGAGGGGUUGCUAGGUGUCAGCGAUAGCAGUCGAGGAGAUAUUUUUGAUGGGCAAAUGACUUUGAUGUGCCUCAACUGCUCUCACGUGGUGCUGAUAAAUCACAAGGGAGAAUUGUCGAGGUACUUGUUAAUAAUUCAUAAUCUUUUACUAGUAACUAGUUGUAGUGCUCCUUCUAUUUGGUUAAAAAUGGGAAUCUUGACGUUAGCAUCCGAAUGUUUAAAAAGUGUGUAGGAUUUUUAAGUACAACGACCAUGUCGUCCCCAGCAGCAACUCACAACUAAACACGAAUACCAGGCAACUCCAAGACCUGAUCGAGAUCUGCCUCUUCGCUAUGAGGCAUUUGAAGAUCAACAAGAAUAAGCCCAAAAUCGGUUUCGUCCUGAGAGAUCAGCAAGAUAGGAGUGUCGAAGUGCAUCGACAGAUGCUACAGACGAUGAAGAGCCAUCUCCACGAGUCAGCUGGAAAAUUGGGGAUAUCGUUGUUAUGGUCGUACUGUGAAAAAUAAUAGGACUCAUGAUCUACUGAGAAUUCAAAAGGGAAGAUUCCCGUUGCGAGAGGAGCCAGAAGUGGUCUAUAUUACACCUAUUUCACGCUACCUUCAGCUUUUUUACCUUUAUUACCAACAACUAGCACGCACUACCUCUAACAGGCGAAGACCUGAUCCGAAUAGACGACACCGCCGUGUACCUGCUUCCGAGUGCGUACGUGACUGUCAGAAAGCACAGUUGCGAAGUUCAGUGGACUCCAGAAUUGUUCAGUCAGGAAAUUUUAGCUCUACGAGCUCAAAUUACGGCGACAAGAAAUCUCCCAUUUAUUUCAGAAGCAUCUUAAUAGCCCCGUUUUCAAAGGGAAAACGGGCAUCAAGAUGAAUCCGAAGAUGGAUUUCUCUUAGUUCUAAUCGAAUCUUCAACAUGUUCGAUAGCGAGGACAUGGAAAAUGUGUGGGAUAACCUGGAGAGCUGGUAAGAACCUCCGAUUACAAAUACAACUCAGAAGAUGAUUUCAGGUGGAAUCUCUCAGUCUUCUAGAAGUAAAGACUUCAUCUUCUGUAGGAGUUAUGCAAAGUGUAGUUACAAUUUCAAAUGAAUAUCAACAAAGGUGUGCAACAUGCUCGAACAACAUGAUUGAAGCAACAACAUGGAUCCUCUCUCCUACUUCACUCCCAAGGUACGCCCACACCUGUCAUGUAUGGGACACCCUUGUACGGUUCGGGGCCAAUUUGCUUCACUACAAGACGAUUCAGGAGAUAGAGGCUAGAAAAGACCUGUAUGAACUCGCUAAACAAACAACACAGCAGAUCAUGGAGCAGGACCAGGAUGGUUUUAGGGCGCAGUGUCACGGAACGACGCAGAUGUUUAUCAAGAGGUACUCGUUGCUACGAUGUUGUUGUACUAGAAGUAUCAGAAUUGGAUCACGGUGUGUUGUACCAAUGACUAUGUUGGUCGAUUUCAUUUUUCUUAUGAAAGUAGCUUUUUCGUAUCAAACGUCAUACUUCUAAAGGAGGUAAUCGUCACGGUCACUACUUCUGAAGCAGGUUAUUUCACUGCAUGACGUGGCCAACACCUUCCUUCCCCUUCUACUUCAUAAAUUCUUGCCUCCACGUACUACUUCAACAUCCGCAACAGGCUCCAGGCUUCCGGUUCCGACGAUUCACUUCAAACAGACAUGAUCGAUCUAGAGUUCAACCGAUCUCUCACUAGUCUGCGUGAUGACUACGUCCAGAGAAGUAUGGUUUUGUUUAACCAAAAGGCGAACCAAGACCCUAGGUUUCUUAAGACUUGUGGAACUCCAUUUCCAUUUUGAGAAGCAUGAUCUGGAGCCUGCCGCGUGUAAUAAGGGGCAAACGGCUCCAGGAAGAUGACUUUCAAGAUGGAUUUCGGGAAGGUCUAACUUUCAUGAGACGAUGAAGGAAGAAGCCAGGAAAAAACUAGGAACACCCAUGGACUGGGUCUUCGAAAAUUACCUGUACUUUUUUUUUUGCAUUUGCAAUGGCUAGUUCUUGUUUUUAGCACCAUUUGGUUGAAAUAAGAAGGAUAAUUUGGAGGUGGUCGAUACUAGUUCAUCCCAGUCGUGCUUACAGCAUCUGCUUCUUGUUACCUGCUCCACUACAUCCUGACUAUGAUCACCUUCUCCUGUCCACCUUUUUCCAACAACAACAAGGUACACCUGGAAGCUCUCUCUGAAGAAAAAGACGGAUGAACAGGCCAUGCACAAGAUGUGGACGCAUUUUACGAAUGUUUUAAACCAGUAUUUGUCCGAUUCGUCGCACCAAGCCACGUUGUCCGAAACGAAAGCCCGAGCUUUGUUCGCCAGUGAAUGUUAUGGCUGGCUCUCGUGAAAACCUGGCUCUCUCCAUCUUCCUUUGCUAUUUGUAUUAAAUUGGUCACUCGCAUUUGUGCCAGAAAAUGAAUUACGAAAAACAAAAACUCACCUCCUCUUCUAACACACGGACGCUUAUGAGGAGGCUUUCCAGGACCGAUUAGCCAAGAUUGCGAAAUCCCAGGAAACCAUCCAGUACGAGCUUAUCAUCCAAUUCAACAACGUGGUCAGCAAGCUGAUGCACGAAGGGGGACCAUUCUCGUUGCUGCAGGAGCAGGGACCUCAGUAAUGAUUCUUGUGAUUUAAGUACUUAUGUGCUGGUGUUCGAUUGGACACAGACACAAAGAAUGCAAUUAACCUCCUCCCAUAAAACGACGAUAGUGUUUUCCCCCUUAUUUUCGCCUAGAGGUGUGCCGCAAAUCUUGAGUGGCGUUCACUUUUUUUUUAGGUGAAGGUUUAGGUCCCGCGACGCUCAAAGCACCAAGUAAAACAGCCUGUUAGUUUUCACCUCCCCAAAUCUAGGCUUAUCACGUGCAACAACUUACGUGGUCUUCGAUUGGACACAGGAGACACAAUAAAGUCAGUUGAAAUGUAGAUGUUCCAACUCUCUUUUCCCUCAAAACGCCACUAGAUACCUCUGGCGCAAGCAGACGCUUUUAGGAGAGCGAGAUGACGAGUGGGAGAAGAAGUACUUCCAUGAGGGUUGGCGCAAUCGCAUCCAAAAGAUCCUGAAGGGGGAAAUUCCGAAGGGCGACAAGACAGAAUACAAUCUCAAGAACUUGCAGAUGUUAAGGCGGGCAAUGCUAAAGACAAAGACUGACUGUUUCUCAUAACAAACUUUGUUUGAUUGAUGGAGCGCAUUUUUGUAUGUCCCGGUGUACCUCUAGCGUGUAGCCCUUCCGACAAUGUAUUGUAUGUUCCGGUGUACUUACUUCUACGCUGGAUGCAGAAUAAACUACGAAGGUUUAUAUAUUGUAAUUCGAUACCACUCUAAAACUAGCACUAGAAACACCGAACUUCCUCCGCGAGCAGAUCAUUCCGAAGCUGCGAGCCAUCGUGAAGCGGGUUUUGUACGAGCAAAUCGUCUUUGCGGAUGAGAUUGAUCCUUUUGCGCCAUUAGGAACGCCAGCAGCAGAGGGAACGUCCAUUGGCGAUUUGAAUGCGUAUCAAGACUAACUUAGUGUGCUGUAGCUUGACUGCUUCCGUUGGCUUGUGCAAUUGCGACAAGAGAAGUGAUGCUGCAAGAAAGCAGUAGAGAUUAGGUCAUGAUUGAUGACCUUGAAUUUAUAGUGAGUCGUGUAUUUUUUAGGCUUAGCCACUUCACUUAGCCACUUCACUGCAGUUGUAAUAUACCGAACACCCACGACCACAGGUCUUUCGAAUCCGGUAACGCAAUCAAAAACGACAAUCAGCAGAUGAUGGAUGAGAAGAUGAUCAUCGACUGGUUUAGACAACUCAUGGAUAUCGUCGUUCGUGUCACGGAAAAAGAGCAUCUUGCGCCUUUCUUGAUCAGCUUGAAGAGGCCACAGUACUUUUUAGAUUGAUUCCGGUAAUAUCUAUCUGCAUUUUGAUGUAGUGUUUCUUUCAGAAUAUACUAACCAUGCCUGAUUUUGUAGUGAAACUACUCUCCUGGUUACCCGCCCUAUCAUCUCCAGUUCCACAGCAUAAUCUCUGUCUCGUCAUGUGCAACCUCUAGUCCAUCUUCUGGUCUCCACUCACUACCACUUUCACAGGUUCAUCCAUUCCCUCUCAACGCUGGUCCGCAUCGCCGCUUAUGAAAAGCGUCUCAAGGAAGAGGAAUCGCAAAACCAGAAGGAGAUGGAUGUUCUCCUCGACCACAAGACCCAGAUCGAGGACCACUUCUUGCUCAUUAUCAAGGCGAACUCGAAUGAUGUAGAAGUCGCAAAGAACUUCGCAAUGCGGUAUCACCAGAACGUGAAGGUGUAUAUCCAGCAAGAAAUUCUGAAUCUGUGUGCGGAGAUCAGGGAGACGGUACUGGGAGAUAUGCCAGAUCCAGCCAAAGCGUACGAAAGGGCCUAUCAGCAGAGUUUCGGUGCUAGGAACUAUAUCGAAGUUUUGGAAUACGUUUUGGAUGUCAACGCCUACGUGGAAAAGCUGUUUUUGAUCAUGUUUGCGAGAAGAAAAGCUUAUGUGGUGGAUACGAAAGUAAUUUUUAGACAGAAGUUUGCUGAUUCUGAUAUUCGAAUUCGAUCUUGAUGCUCAUGCUAAUAAAUUCAUUGGUCAAGGAGCACGCGAUGAUCGUGCUGCAGCUUUUAUCGAUGAUGUCCGGGUCGUGAAGAUGCAUGUUGUUGGUCUGUUUCUAGCACACCUCCUAAUACAUAGAAGAAGAACAUCAAACCACAGGUCGCUUCCCUUCGCGAACGCGUUAGAACGAUUUACAAGCUGAUCUUAUCAAUCUGUGACCAGUGGGCCCAUACUGCAACUCGGGGACGCGCAAUUCCAGGUGGCAUCGCUGUGCCUCAACUCGUUGACGGUGUAGCCGUCACGAAUUCAGCCGCAGGCGCUCUUGCCGCUCUAGAUGCCGUUGCUGAUCAGCGACCUGGUUUGCUUGGUGCUGAUGGGGAAAAAGAGGAGAAGGGUGGCAGUUCCCUACGAGUAGACGAAGAUCGCGAUGGCGAACAUAAUGCUGCACAAAGCGAUAACUUUCAAGAUGCUAAUUCCAUUAUGGCUGAUGGUGAGGAAACCCGGACCCCCCGCGUAGCCUAAAUUUAUAACUUCAGAAUACGCUAAGAACACUAGACCACACCAGGAGGAGGAUGUUACUUUGCCUUCUUCGUGUGCAACAUCAACAAUUUUAGGUGGAAUAGCAGCUGUACUAGUAGUGCUCGCUCCAACAAUGGGAAUGUCAGGCGUCCCUCCCACCUUUCUAACCCCAGUGGCAUGCUGUCACCAUCCACUAAUACGCCUUUUACGACUGGAGCAGGUGGUGUGCUAGUUGGAACUGGCGGUUCGAGUAGUAGUUCCACAGGAUCCAAGCUGACUCUGAAGGAUCUCCGCGAAUUCAUCGCACAGACUGCCAUGGCUCAACAGCCAACGGCAGAGGACCUUCGAUUAAGGCGUACAACUGGUGUAAAAAGCAUUUACACUUGAUCAAGCAUUUAGUAAUAAUUUUAGACUUUGACCCCUUUUUGAAAGGGAACCGAGCAAAGAAAAUCAAUGGGGCAAAGAUGAGCUACUUCAAGGUGAAUUGCGUGCAGCUCUAAUUCGAAGGGAAGCCCAGGAUCCCGGUAAUGCGGAAUUUCUAGGAGAAAGCCGCAAUUGGAAACAAGAUAAUUUUUAAGGGUACUAGGUUAAAGGUGCUUUUGUUACCGCUUGUUAUGGCUCUACUCCUAACCCUAAGCGGGACAGCCAUAACAAGCGGGAGAACCCACGAACACCAAAAAGGGAUAAACGAACACCAAAAACCUACCUCUAAAAUUUGUUGAAAGCAUACAAGGUCGUAGUGGAUCGGAUUCCAGAGACUGCGGAAUUUCCUGUACGAGACGCCCAGAUUUUCUGCUCUGCAUUUCGACAGCAUCUGUUGCAAUUGCAAGAAAACUUGGAGGAGAAACUGGAUGCUAGACGAGGGAAUAUCGUCAAUCUUGACGAUUUGAAUCUGCAGAUGGCGGAUAAGGAUGCAAACAUCGUCUGCCAAGAAGCGCCGGCUGAGGAUCACGACAGGUCAAGCACAAAUAGCUGGAUCGAUGACCAAUUGCAGAAAGGGUUGCAAUUAAGGCUUGGUUGGCAUAUUGACAAGUAUAACUUAUUGAAAGUUCUUAUUGACUACACCAGUAUUUAACUCGGUAUUCCUCGUCGAUGCUGCAAGUGCAUUUGAUAUCAUCGAAAGCUGCAAGAUCAAUUUACCAAGCUUGUUCCUCGACUACGUUUGCUCCAAUUACAUCCUCUAAUCCCCGAGCAAUCGAAAACGGCAUGGGGCAUGAUCAAAGGCUGUUCCGCGCGAUGUCCACUGUGCGGAUCCAAGUGCGACCAAGUCGGAGAACAUGCUAGACACAGGUGCACGCAUCACUUGUUUCCAGCGUUUCACGGAUGGAUGGACCGGCAAAACGGUUACCCCAGUUUCCACUACUGUAAGUCGAAAGAAGCUUUCGAAGGUACCUAUCAGUGCAAUGAUGGCGAAUGGCGACCAUUGGAGGUGUUUCUUCGGGAAACGCACGAAGCCUGGCUCCCAUUCUGUGCGGAAGAGGAUCAGGGCAGUGUGAAAGACAUCUCUUUGCUGCAAUCAUUAUGGCUCCGCGUCGUUAGUAGAGUAACAGUAACCCCUCUCAAAAAAAUACUGAUACUAGCUACAUUUUUGAUAUGCGAGUGUGACGAGUUGUGCAGGUGUAUCUUCCCUAUGGUCGUGAGGUUGUCUCUAUUACACGUAAUGAACAAUACCAGAACAAAAUGCAUCUCAUUCCCAGAAAAGUUGUUGAGAUCCUGAAAAGAGAAUAUGAGACACUCCUCGUCCUCCUCUAACACCAGCCUGGACGAACUGCAAGAUUCCGUUGCUAGAAUACUUCAAGCCAAUGGUUGACGAAAUGCCUGCAGAGUGGAGCGCUUUCUACGAACCUGAUAGGGCGUUGCAGUUGGCGGAUCUGCGCAAAGCCAAGGACGUGAUUCGGAAAGUGCGGGAAAGGAGAUUCGUACCGGAAGAAUAUUACAAGAAUCUUAAGUAGGAGGGACAGAAGACAUCAGUGUAGGACAUAGUCUAGAUGUUGAUGAAUCAUUCAUGUCUAGAAAAUGGUGCUUUUGGGAGAUGAUAGAAGCGAUCUUCUUGCAGUAGAGAAAUUAACGACCAUUGAACAAAGUAUGUAAAAAUAUGGCUCCUUGCUGGGAGCUAUUUUUUAUGAGGCUAGGAGUGCUGCAACGCGACUGAUUGUUUGAUAAAUAUCCUUUUUUUUACAACUGAAAAUUAUCGUGGCAAAUGAUACGGGUAAAUAUAUGUCGUGUUGUCGUGUGCUAGUACAACUUUGAGCGGAAAGUUGCAUGCUGAGACGGGGGCGCUGCCUUCUUCUGCAUGAUGCCCAGGGCUAACUAAUAGAGUCAUAGACAUGUCGAGGUGUACUCAAAUCAUCCUAGAAUACAACGCUUCUCGUAGAUUGAAGGAACAGAAAGUGAGGGUUUUACAAUGAAAAGGCUAAAGUGAACAUUUCCUGAAACAGCGUCACAAAAUGAAGUGGAAAAAACUAGGAAUUAGAUAAGUAAAAGAAACACAGAAGUGAGAGUGUCGCCGCCAAGGGUCGCAGCUUCAAAUAUUAAGGUUUCCCGAACAGCGCACGGAUUUCUAAUAUUCGGCAGGUACUCUGCUCCCAGAAAUUGUGGGCCAAACUUCGGCCUCGUAGUCGAACCCCUGACGUUUAGCAUAAAAACUUAAACUUUUCAAUUGUAUUAAUUUACCUAGGCUUUGGAAUUUAUUGACUCGACGCCACUUUGUGCCUCUUCUGCUACCGGUAGCACGCUGUCGGCUGUUUGUGGUGCUGUUCUUCCUCUGUCGAGUAAUCUAUACCCGCGCGCGGUGUGAAGCCUUCGAGGUCUACAAGGAGCCCAAAAAUGACCGGGGCCAAAAAUCUGAACACUGGGCAGCUCUGGCCUGGUGGGUGUGUUUAUAGUUAACGGAAUCACAAGAACCAGGCAAAAAGCCCAAGAUAAACACAAGACUAACCCCGUUCGUUCUAUUUUUUCCUGCGGUAGUCGUCCACGGGGGCACUGGCUGGCGACUAACGCUCGAAAGUGCCGGGCUCUGUCUGGCUGUCCCUUCGUGACAAACUGCGAACGCCUUCGUGUUGCAUAAUUUUUAGGCCACUGGGCGAAAGAGGAGAGUCAGACGAAGGCGGAAGUGGCAACCUCGUGGGGAGAGGCGGCGGACGUGCUAAGCAAGUCGUCUCUUUGUAGGUCCAACAUCUAAGAACCAGAGCAAGCAAGCAGACUACGCCUAGCAAGAACAAUCAGAGUUAUUCGGCAAAGGAAUCACUACAUUUAUAGUGAUUGAUUCCAUUUCUAGUACAACAAAGACGAAGUUGUUUGUAAGAAUAAAGCUGCGAACUACAGUUAGCAAUCAAACAAGCAAGCUAACUCCAGUUCUUUUUGGAUUUUCUCUUUUUGGCUAAUAUUUUGUGAUGGAUAGUUACUCACCAUAGUUAGACCAUGACACCCCUCCGAGGAGCAAAUUAUAGUAGUUUUACAACUGGUCUAACUACAACAAAUCAAUGGGUUUCACAAUUAAAGGAGGACGCGACGACAAUCGUCAAACACCUCAUGACGAAUAAAAAGUAGGACUACAACAAUUUCUAGGAGGCCUUAUUUAGGAUAAUUUUUCGUCCCUUCUGCAUUAUUUUCAUGUCAUACAUAACUGAAAGUAACGCAUCAUGGUACGAACAUCAUUGAAAUGUUACCGCAACGCAUGGUCAUUGCCUCACUGCAAUAGGAGGCUCCAACUGGUCUCUGAUGUUUCAUGACGUCAUGACUGUUAAUACGACAAUACAGUAGCACGGCAUAUACGGGAACCCUCUAAAUCUGAGUUUGAUUCAUGUAGAGUCACCUGCCAAUCGUUUUGUUCAUAUUGUCGAUAAAGGGCUAGCUUGAAUAAACAUCGACUCGGAUGAC